GACCUCCCGGGUCUGGGUUGGGGGCGUGGGCCUAGCGCGCGCUGAGAGCCUAUUGGCUGGUCCGGCCGGCUCGCUGCCAGAUUGGCAGGAGCCACGCCCUCUGGCGUGCCCCCGCGAGCUGGGCGCGGGAGAACAAGCAGGAGGCCAUCAUGAGGAAGCCACGAGGAGCUGUGGGAAGUGGUCACAGGAAGCAGGCAGCCAGCAAGAAGCGAAGAAAACAACAUGCCCUUGGUAGCAGCCAAAUUGCACCUUCUGACCCUGAUGCCUGCACAGGGAGAAUCCCUGAGUGUCCUGAGGCCCCAGCAGGCCCGGCCAGACAGCAGGAAGAGGUGGUGUCGCAGGCCUCCGUCUCCCCGUACCAUCUGUUCAGAGAUUCAGCUGAAGUCACAGCCUUCCGUGAGGGCCUGCUGAACUGGUAUGACCGUGAGAAGCGGGACCUACCCUGGAGGAGACGGGCAGAGGAUGAGGUGGACCCAGACAGGCGGGCGUAUGCUGUGUGGGUCUCAGAGGUCAUGCUGCAGCAGACUCAGGUUGCCACGGUGAUCAACUACUACACCCGAUGGAUGCAGAAGUGGCCAACACUGCAGGACCUGGCCAGUGCUUCCCUGGAGGAGGUGAACCAGCUCUGGGCUGGCCUGGGCUACUAUUCUCGAGGCAGGAGGCUGCAGGAGGGAGCUCGGAAGGUGGUAGAGGAACUUGGGGGCCAUGUGCCACGAACCGCAGAGACCCUGCAGCGGCUCCUGCCUGGUGUGGGGCGCUACACAGCUGGGGCCAUAGCUUCCAUCGCCUUUGGCCAGGCAACCGGCGUGGUAGAUGGGAAUGUGGUGCGGGUGCUGUGCCGUGUUCGAGCCAUUGGUGCUGAUCCCAGCAGCGCUCCUGUCUUCCAGCAGCUCUGGAGCUUCGCCCAGCAGUUGGUGGACCCAGUACGGCCAGGGGACUUCAACCAAGCAGCCAUGGAGCUGGGGGCCACAGUGUGCACCCCGCAGCGCCCACUCUGCAAACGAUGCCCUGUGCAGCGCUUGUGCCGGGCCCGCCAGAGGGUGGAGCAAGAACAGCUGUCUGCUUCACGGAGCCUGCCAGGCAAUCCUGAUGUAGAGGAGUGUGCUCUUGGUACUGGACAGUGCCAGCUGUGCCCACCUCCUUCAGAACCCUGGGACCAGACCCUGGGAGUGGCCAACUUUCCCCGAAAGGCCAGCCGCAGGCCCCCCAGGGAGGAGUGCUCUGCCACCUGUGUCCUGGAGCAGCCCAAGGCCCUUGGAGGUGCCCGCAUUCUGCUGGUCCAGAGGCCCAGCUCAGGUCUGCUGGCAGGGCUGUGGGAGUUCCCGUCCGUGACCUUGGAGUCCCCAGUGCAGCAUCAGCACAAGGCACUGCUUCAGGAACUGCAGAGUUGGGCUGGGCCCCUCCCUGCUGCUCAGCUCCGGCACCUCGGGGAGGUGGUCCACACGUUCUCUCACAUCAAGGUGACGUAUCAAGUGUAUGGUCUGGCCCUGGAAGGCCAGACCUUGGCAAGCACACCACCUGGCGCUCGCUGGCUGACCCGGGAGGAAUUUCACACUGCGGCAGUCUCCACGGCCAUGAAAAAGGUUUUCCGUGUGUAUGAGGGCCAAAAGCCAGGGACCUGCAAGGUAAGUCUCUUGGCCUCCACCCAGCUGUCUCUUCCCAGGCCCACAUCCAUGGGCACUUAGCCGGUCAGCUGACACGUUUGGGUGAAUCUUCUCCGCUCCAGGUUUCACUAGAUGGGGAGGAAAAGUUCCUGAUCUGGGGACUUGACAAUGUCAGGUGCAGGGUCUGGGGACAAAAGCACCUUGAUGAGGACAGUCCAGUUCACAGUGUGGGAAAUGUUCGUGCUAGGUUUUAUGGGAAAUGAGAUGGGGAGCCAUUCAUUCUGUCUGGGAGCCCAGGAUCUCAAAAGGUUGCUUGGGAGUGGGUGGUAACCUGGGUCCUUAAAAUGAGUGGUUUCCUCAGGUUUGGGAGGGGUCUCUGCAGUAAGGAUGCUCUUUCCAGAUCCCAAAGUAAGGUGAGGACAGGUGGGGCACAGUGCAAUCUGCAGUGCUCAGAGAGCAGUGGGUGUUGGCUUAGCUGCAGAGGUCAGUCGGGUGUGGACAGCAGGCCACUGCGGCAUUUUAGGUGGGAGAGACACGGGCUCAGGGUUGCGUCUUUGAAAGGUUUUCAUGAGUUACCUUUUGGAAAGUUGGCUGAAGGGGCAGAUAGUGGAGGCAGCCCGAAAGCCCUCCAGGAUUUCCGGCUAGAAGC